AUGCCAUGGCGUGAUCAUAAUCACAUCUUUUGAUAAGGAUCUUGGAUUACCACUGAAAUAAGCCUGUAACAAGAACACAACUUAAGAUGUUCGUGUCGGCAGCCAGCCCUCAGGGGCGUUCGCUGUCGACAAUGUUCCGGCGUGGAAACCAUUCGCCCUCACCACCGCCGCCUGCCACGAGUCGCCCAGAGAAGCCGUCGUUAGCGUCUGGCCCUCCCCCUCCUGCGGCAAUCGUCCCCCGUUCAGCAGACGGCCCACGACCACCAGGGUGGAACGGCCAGCCCAGGAGGCAUAGCUCGAGCAGAUUCAACGUCCACAAUCACAAUCAGGAACUGGUCAAACUACCGCCUAUCAAAGACGCGCCAGCAGCGGAAAGAGAACAGCUGUUCGUGCAGAAACUGAGACAGUGCUGUUUGCUGUUCGACUUCGCUGACGAGCCGCUGUCGGACCUCAAAUGGAAGGAGGUGAAGCGCGCCGCGCUGCUGGAGAUGGUGGAGUAUGUGACGUCACAGAGGGGCGUCAUCACCGAAGCCAUAUACCCGGAGGCGGUUAACAUGUUCGCGAUAAACUUAUUCCGGACGCUACCGCCUUCUUCAAACCCUAACGGGGCCGAGUUCGACCCUGAGGAGGACGAACCCACGCUGGAGGCGGCGUGGCCACACCUACAGCUGGUCUACGAGCUGUUCCUGAGGCUGCUCGAGUCUCCAGACUUCCAGCCCAACGUCGCUAAGAAGUAUAUCGACCAGAAGUUUGUAUUACAGUUAUUAGAGCUAUUCGACUCUGAAGACCCGCGGGAGAGAGACUUCCUCAAGACCACAUUACACAGGAUAUACGGAAAAUUCUUAGUGUUGCGGGCGUAUAUUAGGAAACAGAUCAAUAAUGUAUUUUAUAGGUUUAUCUACGAGACUGAACACCACAACGGCAUCGCGGAGCUCCUGGAGAUCCUCGGCUCCAUCAUCAACGGGUUCGCGUUGCCGCUCAAAGAGGAGCAUAAGAUGUUCCUUUUGAAGGUAUUAUUACCACUACACAAAGUGAAAUCGCUGUCGGUGUACCACCCCCAGCUGGCGUACUGCGUCGUUCAGUUCCUGGAGAAGGAUCCGUCGCUCACGCAACCUGUAGUUAGGGCAUUAUUAAAAUACUGGCCGAAGACGCAUUCGCCGAAAGAGGUGAUGUUCCUGAACGAGAUGGAGGAGAUACUGGACGUGAUCGAGCCGGCCGAGUUCCAGAAGAUCAUGGACCCGUUGUUCAGGCAGCUGGCCAAGUGCGUCUCCAGUCCGCACUUUCAGGUGGCAGAACGCGCUCUAUACUACUGGAACAACGAGUACAUAAUGUCUUUAAUAUCGGACAACGCGACUCACAUCCUGCCCAUAAUGUUCCCGUCCCUGUACCGGAACACCAAGAGCCACUGGAACAAGACGAUACACGGGCUGGUGUACAACGCGCUGAAGCUGUUCAUGGAGAUGAACCAGAAGCUGUUCGACGAGUGCACGCAGCAGUACAAGCAGGAGAAACAGAAAGAAAGGGAGCGGCUCGCCCAAAGGGAGGAGAUCUGGCAGAAGUUGGAGAGCAAGGCGGCUCUGAACCCCGCGUACCGCAGCGCGCCGUCCGACUCUGUCCGCGCCGCUCCCCGCGACGACGUGGCCGCGCCCGCGCCUAACGAGCUCUGCUACCAGAGGCUGGAGCAGGAAGCUUUAGAGGCGAAAAAGCAAGGCUACAACGCGAACAAGCCACUCCUCCGCAAGAAGUCUGAGCUGCCAGGCGACAGCAGCACGGUGAAGGCUCUGAUCGAGCACAAGCGGGCGGACGUGUUCCUCGCCACGCCGCCGGACGUCAACCAGUGCUAGCACCGCACUCACGACGUAGGAGGGAAUCCAUUUGAAGCGCGUUUUGACGCGACCAAAGUUGCAAGUCAGCGGCGGCAGUACACGUCAUGACCAUUCCAGAACGUACCACCAGAUAAGAUCUCUUUUAACUCUCACCCUGAACGUGGUAACGUCCGCGGAUAUAUAACCAAUGUAGAAAACAAACACACAAAAAUAAAUUGCGAAUCGCCUUUUCUAUAUUUAAAUCUUUUUUAAAUCGGAAGAAAAUGUUUAUUUUUUUUAAAUUACUCUGUCUUAUUCUAAUAGCACUAUUUAGAAAGAGACGGAGGGUUAUGGAAAAUUUUCAAGGUGAUAAUUCCCAGCUGAAGCUUGCAUAUGUGUGUUAUUCCCAAGUUGGUUAUAGUUCCAUGGAUGUCUACAUAGUUUUAAAGGAGCCAUAAAAAUUAUGCUUAAAUAUAAUUUAUUGUUACAAACCAAAUAUGCAUUAUCUGUUCAUAAGUACGAUAUAUAGAAAUCGAAAUAAAAUAAGACCUUAGAAAUGCCAUAUUGUACUUGGCAACUAUAAUUUUUUGCCGAUAUUUCUCCAAUCAUACGAAAUUUUCUGUGCAGUUUAAAGCAGUUUAAAAUCUCACAAUUGAAGUGCAAUAUGAAACUACAUCUAUUGUCUUAUGUUAUUCCGAUGUCUAUACAAUUUUGAUACAUUAUUGGAAUAUGUUCGUCAUUGUAGGUGUAGAUAUUUGUUGAAAAAUUAAUUGUGCAUUUAAACCAAAAUUAUACAUAAAAAUAAAAAGUAAUUAUUUUAAGAUAUAUUUACUGUUUAUUUAGUAAUCAUGCGAAUGGAAAUAUUUUAUUAACACUAAACCAUGAAAUCUUAAAUCGCACGUUUAAUAAAUUUGGUAGAUAUCUUAUUAUGUUAGUUGUGUUUAUGAAAACAUGAAAUCAUUUAAAAAUGUCGGCGCAAAUAAAUUAUAAAUAUUUUAAGGGUUAGUUCGCUUUGAGACUCAAAUAAGGCGACAGACAUACUUCAGAUAUUCUAUUUAGUGGUUAGUGUUGCCGAUCUAUCGAUAGUUCUCGGGAAUCAUUAACUGAAUCUACCUACACCCUCAAAAUAUUUGUACUAAAUUUGUACAGACAGCCACAAAAGGAUACCGCUAGAUGUAUCGGAGCUGGUAUACUUUACUAUGUGGUCUACUGUCCUCACCUAAUACGAUGUCAAUAGUUUGUAAUUUAUUUUAGGAGAUUAUUUAAGAGGGAGAGCCGAACGGGAAAGAGACAAAUAAUAAUCUAAGAGACAAGUAAUGUCCCCCUGCAUUCGCUUAGGUUAAUUUAACAUGCCUUUCUGCCUAAGAAAAUAUUAUGUAAUUUUAAUAAUUGGGCACUCAUGGUAAAGUUAUUAUUAAUUUUUGAGUUAGGGAUUCCGUUAAAUCAAUAUGAAAUCGAUACAUACAUACACAUAAUCACGACUAUAUCCCUUGCGGGGUAUACAGAGCCAACAGUCUUGAUAAAGACUGAUAAGCCACAUUCAGCUAUUCGGCUUAACGAUAGAAUUGAAAUUCAAAUAAAAUCGAUUGUUUAUUUAAAUUUAUUUGUGGUUUAACAUCCCGUUAUCACCAACAUGCUUCCAAUUUUUCUUUUUAAUGGAUAAAUGCUAGUCCCUGGAAAUCUAUUUGUACGUGCGCCAUUACUAAUAGAAUAUCAUAAAAAAUAUCUGGAUUUAUUUAAUUUUAACGGAAUCUGUAACACAAGUAUGGUUGCGUACAAAUUGAGUUAUUAAAAUACAAAUUUGUAAUGACAGGGCGAUGCGCUGUCAUUUUUAAAGCUCAUUAAUUCGAAAUUUGUUUUUUAGUAACUGCGACCGUUUUAGUUAGAUAUUAAUUUGUAUGAGUGGAAUCAUCUUCGCGUAGUUGGGAGUUCUUAUAUUACUCGUAUUUAUUAUUUAUACCUUUCUUUUUCGCGAGUUUGUGCACAACAUUUGAUUCGAAAUUUGCCUAUAAUAAAAUUUUUAUAACAAAUAUAAAACAUCAAUGUUUAGAUAGCAGAUAUUAAGUCACUUUUUUAGGACUAAAAUUUUGUAAAAGCGCGCAUUUUUGCUUUAGUAUCGCAUGAUAAUAAGAAGUAAAUAAAAAUAAAGGAGUUAUUGCUGGAUAUUGAAAUAAAAUUGUACGAUAAAAUGGCUUCUGUGUAUAUUUUUUAUCACAAAUAUGUAAGCCGGCAUUUUGUCUUAGUAAAAUAUGAAUGUGUCGCGCUUUAACCAAAUUUUAUUAAUUUAAUAUUUUAAAUGAUCAUUUUAUAACUUGCAUUACGAAAACAUCACAUCAAUUGGAGUGAGCUCUUAAUUUUUAUAUCUGGGAAAUAUCAAUAGCAGUAACGCAUAGAAUUAUAAAUAAUGUUAUUCCCAUCUCUUUCGCUCUCUGAGGUUAAGAGCAAGAGGGAAGAUUAUAUGCCUUGUCAACGUUCGUAAAUAAGUCCUAGAAUUUUAUUGGCAUGAAUGUACUACCGUAGUUGACUGUGACUGUUAACCAUUUUAAAUUAGGUCGGUUUGUACAUUAUCUGUGGUCACGUAUUUGUUUUGUAUGUAUUCCGCCGUCCGCUACCAGACAUAAUUGGUUAAUAUUCAAAAAUAUCGUAUAAAAGUUUAUAAGCUGGCAACACAUUACCCCACCAAAUUUCAGAAGCUUUCAAUGUCUUAAAUUUUUCGAGUGUGGAUAGUAGAUUUUUUUUUGUUAUUGUAAUCCGCUGGCUUUCGUGAACAUAAAUUACUAUUUUUUCAUUCAUUCAUCUCAAUAAUUAAUGUGUUUCCAGCUAUUUGUAUACAUGUAAAAAUGUUUUAAUUAGGCGUGGGAUUAAGAAGCUGUAAGUUUACAUGAGCAGUGCUCAUAAAAAUGUGGUCUGGUCUUAUUGUAAUGUUGAAUGGAAACCCGUACGAUUAUUUGGUAUUUUUAUUUACAUUAUUAGUUAUGUAUGUAUUAAAAACAACAGUCUCAUGUAAAAUUGUUUUAUGUAAAAACACUUAAAUUUGUUUUUCUCAUGCUCCGCUGUUAAAAGAGUUCUCGAUACUUUUUACCCAUAUGUAUAAUUAUUACUAAAUAUAAUUUGUUUUUAAUAAUAAAAUUUAAAAAAACAUUAUUCCCUCUAUGUUAUAACGAUAACGAUGUCUAAAUUUAUCGUGACCUCUAUAUUAACUAUAAAUAGCAAAGGUUUAGCUGUAAGUAGGUUAUAUUUGUACAGUCAAUGGUGUCUGGUAGCGCUAAUGCAGAGCAAACUAUUGCUAGUACUAGCAUAAAUUUUAACAGUCUCAUCGCGUAAUGCUAAUUUGUCGAAAUAAAUAUUAAAAAAAAUAUUAGGUGAUCUCAUUUCCGAUGUUGAAAUAUAUUGAAUACUUAUACUAUACUUAUUUUAAAUUAAAGUUUGUUCGGCUAAUAUCCAAAAAAAUUUUGAAAUAUCAAGUAAAAUAUUCUCACCGCACUUCAAAAAAGAGGUUCUGAAUCGCAAUAACAUUCUUAUAUUCCAAGAUUUGCAUUUCGAGAUGUUGGCGUUACGUGUUGAAACUAUUUUAACGGUUAAUGUAACUUUAUACUGUAUAGGGAAUUUUCGCAAUACGCUUCUGGCAAGCGGACAUUUUGUAUGAAAUUUUGAUCACGUAUUUUGUUAAGGGUUUGAUAGCGAUUUGCUGGAUGUAUUAUAUUGAAACGCCAAUAAGACUAUUACAAUAUGUCGCAUAAACUGAUGUGGAAAUAGUGAGAGGACUUAAAACAUUCUAGAUUACAUGUAAAGAGCUGACCCUUGCAAAAAGAGACUUAAAAUUAACUGCUUCAGGCACUUAUUCUGAGUUGCCUGGAGGAGGUAUCUCCAAAAUAUAACACCUAUUUGUUCACAUCACUGAUACUGUAAACAUGCAUUGGGGGUAGUUAGCAAGAAUCAUCAUCAUAAUUACUAACUACGUGUGCAGUGUAAAACCUUUUAAUGACCAUAUUUUCCAUACAGCUUCAAGAUUUCAUGCGGCAUAUUGAAAAGUCUUAACUAGCGCUAUAUUUAUUGAUAGAAGAAAAUGUUUAUUUUUAUAGAAAUCGGAACGACGGUGAUGCUUUUCCGUAUAUGCACACAGUUUCGUUUGAUAUACAUGAUAUAACCACUCUAUAUACCUACAUUUUAUUUACGAGUCAUUAUUGUACAAAUCUGACAUUCCAUGAGCAUUUCCAACAAGAUAUCGAGUUGAUCGCUUCAAAUUUUAUUAACGUUAUACAAAAGUGUUGGCGUCAAUUUUGAGGAAGACGAAAACAGGAAAUCACCUGCCAACAAUGUUGCGAACUAAUAUUUUUAGGUAUUAACACAGCUUUAAAUAAAAUAUAAAGCAGAACUCUCAUCCUUCUUGAUCUGGUGAUAAUUUUCACUGUUUGUUUUAUUUAUUCAACAAUGUAUUUGACUACAUCUUAUUCGCGUUUUCUCUCGCUUAGGAAAUUUAUCGAGUUAAAAAAUUGUUUAUCUGCAAAAACAUGCUGUGAACUGACAGCAUAAUUUCUUGCUCGAAUAUGUUCCUUUUCCUUCCCCAAAAUUGAAUCCGGCAGGACGGCGUGAAUCCAGCAAUCUCGCAUUUUGUGUAGAUCACUUGAAGCGAAGACCUCACUAGCGAUCAUUUGCAAGCUGUUCAACAAAUUGAUAAAUUUUGUAUAAAUAUUUAUAACGGUAAUAUAACUGUUGAAAACAAAAUAUUGUAACAGAUGACAUAUUAUAAGGUGCUUAUGAUUAUCGUUAUAAUACAAAGUUGUGC